AUUACACAAACCAUCUAACAAAUUAUCUAUUUGAUUUCCCAGCUCAUUUGAUAUGAAGAACUCGAACGACUCGACCGUCAUCGACGUGCCCCUGACCACUGGCAGCAGCAAAAGCAAAGCAGCUGCUUCCGUCGCUUCCCGGCAAGCAAAUGCUGGCGGGAUGAAGCGGGGGCUCGGGGUGUUUGACUUUGUUUUGAGACUUGGCGCUUUGGGUGCUGCCUUGGCGGCCGCUGCGACCAUGGGAACAAGCGAUGAAACUCUCCCUUUCUUUACUCAAUUCUUCCAAUUUGAAGCUAGCUACGAGGAUCUCCCAACUUUUCAAUUCUUUUUGAUAGCGAUGGGGAUCAUCGCGGGCUACAUGGCUCUCUCGGUGCCAUUCUCCAUCGUCUGUAUCGUCCGCCCAGCGGCAGUCGGAAUUCGCUUGGUCCUCUUCAUUCUCGACACCGUGGCUCUGACAUUUGCCACGUCAGCCGCUGCGGCAGCCGCCGCCAUGGUGUACCUGGCCCACAGCGGCAACUCCAACACCAACUGGCUGGCGAUCUGUGACCAGUUCGAAGAUUUCUGCCAGAAUAUUAGCGGCGCGGUGGUCGGCUCCUUCGUUGCUGUUCUUCUCAUUAUGUUCCUCGUCUUGUUAUCCGCUUUCGCUAUCCGAAACACUCACUAAUCGCCGUCGCCUCCUCCUCCUCCGGCUGCCGGAUAUUCACCGGUCGAAUCUAUGUGUUUUUGUUGUAAAAUGUUUCCUCUUGAAUCGGUUGUAAUUUCUUUUCUCAUGCUUUGGUUUGAUUUUGGAAAA